AAGCCGUCCGUGGAAGUCGAUUUAAAGACGGAGAGUGAUCCCCAAUGUCUCUCUGUUUUCGUCUCCAGCAGAGAAGAGUUCAUUUUAAAGCCGGCGAGGCCCAAAGCUCAAUUUUGGAAAUACUGCUGUUGCUGUUGUAGGGUUUCAAGCUUUCAUACUUUCAGAGGGAGGAAACGCGGAGGCUUAGGCUCUUCUGGUUUUCUUCUUUCUUCCUUGUUAUGUAUUAAGGGCUCAUCUCUUUUUCGGCUGUUGUCAAGGUCAGUGGAGUAACUGUAAUGGCGGAAAUAUGUUGCGGAUUUGUUAGUGAAAGUGAAACAGCAGCGCCGUGCGAGCCAAAUCCUCGAGCGGCAAGGCGCCGGAGGAUGGAGAUUCGACGGUUCAAGUUCAUAGCGGGCGUGUCCAUAUCACAAGAGAAUGGCCGGAAACGCCCAAGACUGGAUGUUUUUACCGCCGUUUCGCCGCGGGAUUGCGAGAACGCAGUUGAGAACUGUGGCAUGAAUGGGGUACAACAACAUCGUUCGGCAGCGGAGGACGUUGAAUCCGACACAAAUUCUAACUCGAGUUCAGGUCGGUUAUCGGUGCAGGAAAUCUCAGGGCCGAGUGAGCCACCGGCUCCUGUUCUGGUCGAGCCGUUGUUCUUGGACCAACAUCCUAAGUUCGGUAUGACAUCUGUUUGCGGCCGGAGAAGAGACAUGGAAGAUGCGGUAGCAAUCCACCCUUCGUUUUUCCGUCGAGAUCAUCAGACUCCGGGGGGAUUGCAUUUUUUCGGCGUUUAUGACGGCCAUGGGUGCUCUCAUGUGGCUAAGUCUUGUAAAGAACGGAUGCAUGAGGUGGUAAAGGAAGAGCUAGAAAACGGCUAUGCAUCUAUCGAGUGGAAGGAGUCGAUGGAGCGAAGCUUCUCUCGAAUGGACAAGGAGGUACUAGUCGGUUACGAGGCGGUGUUGAAUCCCAAUUGCCGGUGCGAACUUCAGACGCCGCAGUGCGAUGCCGUAGGAUCAACAGCUGUCGUAGCCAUAGUCACGCCGGAAAAAAUUGUCGUCGCCAACUGCGGUGACUCCCGCGCCGUGCUGAGCCGCAACCGCAAAGCCGUCCCUCUCUCUACUGAUCAUAAGCCUGAUCGACCAGAUGAACUGCUUCGAAUCCAAGCAGCUGGAGGCCGCGUAAUAUACUGGGACGGUCCACGGGUUCUCGGAGUUCUAGCUAUGUCCAGAGCAAUCGGAGACAAUUACUUGAAGCCAUACGUGAUAUCGGAACCGGAGGUAACGGUAACGGAUCGGACGGACGAGGACGAGUGCCUAAUUCUGGCAAGCGACGGACUGUGGGACGUGGUGUCGAGCGACACCGCGUGUAGCAUAGCUCGCAUGUGCCUGGGCGGGCAGGCACCGUCUCCGCCCGUGUCUCCGGGGAACGAAGUGAAUGAAGGGGUGGCCGGAGAAAGCUCCGACAAGGCGUGCUCUGACGCGUCAAUGUUGCUCACGAAGCUGGCCCUGGCGAGGAAUAGUACGGACAACGUGAGCGUAGUCGUAAUCGAUCUCAGGCGUGACACGUAGCAAUACAGUCUUUUCUAUCGUUACAUAUAAAAAAAGAAAGAUCCCGCGCGAACCGCGAUCGUUGUUUUUUAAUUUUAUAAUUAUUUUUUAGGUUUUUAGUUAAUCCUUGAAAUUGGUAGGGUGAAGCUGAAGCUCCUCUCCUCUGGGAGGGAAAGUGGGAGGAGAGGGUUGGUGAGUGUGGUUGGGACAUGGAAGGAAAACAAAAGAAGAGAAGGAAGAAACAAAAUAUGGAAAAGAAAAAUGAUACAGUUGAUGGCUGGUAGUUGUGGAUGCGAAAUUGUGAAUGGAGGAAUCCAGUUCUUCUCGCUGGUUCGGUUCUUGAAGUGAAUGAAUCUCUCUCUAUCACUCUCUCUCUCUC